AUGGAGGCUGAAAUUCGAAAUCAAAUCCCGAGCAUUGACCCAACAGUAUCAGAAUAUGCCUCCGGUUACUUGAACCAUGCAUCAACAAGAUACACCACCGAUGCUGACACUGAUGCACCAUCGCCACUUGACGAUGCGGCAAGAACUAUUACGGCUCUCUUGGUGUCUGCCUCGGGCGACUUUACUGACCAGAGUUCAACCAGCAUCCGCAACCUGGUUGACAGAUUCAUUACGAGGUUGAAUGCGGCAAAUGGAGUCGAUGGCGAGCGGAGGCAGAUGGCUCCGAAGACUCGGAAGCUGGAGCAAGUAAUUCAAGUGGGGUCGCAACGCAAUGUGUCCAGCACUCUCGGCCUGACUGCUGGAAAUGUGGAUCUUGAAGCCGUCAGCUCGCGGAAAGUCGAGUCUCGCGUGGAUCGGAAGAAGCUCGAGAAGGCAGAGCGGAAGAUUGCUGCCAAGCAGGACCGCAAAGUCAUGAGAAACGUCCAGUAUGAGGCGUCCAGACUUCUUGACCAACCUAAUGAAACCGAAUCAUACGAAGAGUUUUUCAUGAAAGUCAACCCGCUUCAACUCGGUGCGGAUCAAGCGAAAAGUAAGGAUAUCAAAGUUGAAGGCGUCGAUGUUUCAAUCAGCGGUAAACGCAUCUUGUCCGAUACGCCUCUCACGCUGGCUUUUGGUCGUCGUUACGGUCUCGUUGGCCAGAACGGUAUUGGUAAGAGUACGCUAUUGCGGGCUUUGAGCCGAAGAGAAGUUGCGAUUCCUACCCAUAUUUCUAUCUUGCACGUCGAACAAGAGAUCACUGGAGACGAAACACUUGCAUUGCAAGCAGUUCUCGAUGCCGAUGUUUGGCGAAAACACCUUUUGAACGAGCAAGAGAAAAUCACCAAGCAAUUGUCAGAGCUCGAGGCGGAAAGGUCUCUAUUAGCAGACACUUCAGGCGAUGCCGAAAAACUUGAUCGACAUCGUGAAGGUCUUGACACUACUCUGAGUGACAUUCAUGCGAAACUUUCUGAGAUGGAAUCCGACAAAGCUGAGUCUCGCGCUGCGAGUAUUUUAGCUGGACUCGGUUUCUCCGAAGAGAGACAGCAUUUUGCGACGAAGACGUUCUCAGGAGGUUGGAGAAUGCGCCUUGCUUUGGCCAGAGCGCUUUUCUGUGAACCCGACCUCCUUCUUCUUGAUGAACCUUCCAACAUGUUGGACGUUCCCAGUAUCACUUUCCUCUCAGUCUAUCUCCAGUCCUACCCUAGCACUGUUCUAGUAGUCUCUCAUGACCGAGCCUUCCUUAAUGAAGUUGCAACAGACAUCAUACACCAGCACAGCGAGCGUCUGGACUACUACAAAGGCGGCAAUUUCGACUCCUUCUACGCUACGAAAGAGGAACGUCGCAAGACCGCCAAACGCGAGUACGAAAAUCAAAUGGCACAACGUGCUCACCUUCAAUCCUUCAUUGACAAAUUCCGCUACAACGCCGCUAAAUCUUCUGAAGCCCAAUCUCGAAUCAAGAAACUUGAGAAAAUGCCUGUCCUAGAGGCCCCUGAGGCCGAGUACUCCGUGCACUUCCGUUUCCCAGACGUCGAGAAGCUCUCUCCACCCAUAAUCCAAAUGUCCAAUGUCGCUUUCGCCUACCCUGGCGCCAACUCACCCCUUCUCAAGGACAUUGACCUCGACGUCCAACUCGACUCUCGAAUCGGCAUUGUAGGCCCCAAUGGAGCCGGGAAAACUACAGUUCUGAAACUCCUCAUCGGCGCCCUGCAACCCACCUCGGGCCUGAUAUCCUCGCACGCGCGCUUACGCAAAGGCUAUUUCGCCCAACAUCACGUCGACGCUUUGGACAUGAAUGCCUCUCCUGUAACGUUCAUGUCGAAGAAUUACCCUGGAAAAUCUGACGAGGAGUACCGUCGCCACCUCGGCGCCUUCGGCAUCACGGGCACGACCGCCCUCCAGAAGAUGGACUUGCUUUCUGGGGGCCAGAAGAGUAGGGUAGCGUUUGCUUGUCUGGGGCUGACGAACCCGCAUAUCUUGGUCCUUGAUGAGCCGAGCAAUCACCUCGACAUUGAAGCGAUGGAUGCGUUGAGUAAGGCGCUAAGGGAGUUCCAAGGGGGAGUGUUGAUGGUGAGCCAUGAUGUGACGAUGCUGCAAAGUGUGUGUACUAGUUUGUGGGUUUGUGAGAGUGGGCAUGUGGAAAAAUUCAAUGGGGAUGUGGCGGCUUAUAAAAGGAGGAUUCAGGCGCAAGCGGAUCAGACUAGUGGAGUGGUGCAAAGACAGGUCUAA